CACUGCACACGCGCACACACACACACACUCGCUCUCCACAGCACUGCACACACACAUACACAGCCCUUCCGACACACACACACGCGCAACACACACACGCCGACCUCCGUUCCGGCCCACGCCCUUGUGCGCAGUGCCACCGCCGCCGCUCGCGAUGCUGCUGCUGUCCAUGGUGCUGCUGGUGCUGGUGGUGCUGCUGGCGCUCUUCGUCAGCGCAGACGCGUGGUAUUUCGUGAGAAUGCUGCUGACGGUGGGCGCAGCACUAAUGCGCAGGCAGGAGAAGGAUGUACUCAAGGAACACGGGUACCACGGCAUCGUGCUGCUGAGCGACAUCGACCACAUGGGACACAUGAACAACGCGCGCUACCUACGGGAGUGCGACUUUGCCAGGACGGCGCUGUGCAUUACCCAUGGGAUCAUCAAGGCCAUGCGAGAGCUGCGGGGUGGCAUGGUGCUUGGGGCCUCCACCAUCCGCUACCGCCGCUCGCUGCGCUUCCUGCAGAGAUUCGUCAUCCGGUCGCGGAUCCUGUGCUGGGACGAGAAGGCGUUCUACGUGGAGCAGCGAGUCAUCAUGCAGAGCGAUGGCUUCGUGGCGGCCAUCGCCCUGGUGCGGCUCAACGUGACGGGCACCAGCCCCGAGCACAUCCUGCGCCUGCUGUGCCGCCGCGCCGUCCAGGGGCCCGACCCGCCGCCAGAGGUCCUCAGCUGGCUCGAGUACAACCGCCAGAGCAGCGAGAUGCUGCGCAACAGCAGCUAGGGUGGUGGGUCGGUGGGGGGGGGGCGCGCGCUCGCUGUCCAUGGGCCAAAGCAGAAAUCGCUACCGCCGAAGGUGGCUAAAUUUGUUUAAAAAGAAUUGUAGAAUUACCUUAAAAAUCACUCGAUGGGAAAACACGUUAGCGACAUUGCCCCCAAAAGCGGGAACUGCUUCAGACUAGGUCUGUGAAGUACAACUUACCUUCGUGAGAGCCUUGCACUUUUAAAAUGGUACGAAUACCAAAUGUACAUGUAAUUUGAUUUAGCAGGAGCCAUUUAUGCAUUCAGCCAAAAAAUUAUAAUUGUAUGAUAACCUACACCUUAGGUGGUACUGGCAAGUGAAAUAUCUGGUCUUGGCCCAUGGAACAUUAGCACUGGAGCCCCAUUAGUGCCAGAGACGAAAGUGUUUGACAACUAAUAUUGAUGAAUUGUACCGAUAUUAAACUUGUCAUGUCGCUAGCAGGUUGUGUUGUAAAUGUUAUCGUAUUGCUCAGGUGAUUUUGCUUUGGCACUAGAGGCAAACUUUGCCACCGUGUAUUGUAUGGUUAUUUAAAAGUUGUGUGUGUGCAAUCUCCAAAUAUGUCAUCGUUAUGGAAUGUAAUGAGCCCGUUUAGAGCGGUUUAGGAAGCCAAAGCUUGUUUCCCUUCAUGAUUUCAAAGCGGACCCACCGUCUCUGUCAUUAAAAAUGGCAGUAAAUAGUGAAUGUUUUUAAUUGUCCUUAUAAUUGUGGCUAUUCUUGUCCAUUCUUUUUCCCCCAUAUCUGGCCGGGUGGUACAGUAGUGAGCAGCAUGACUUGCAAUGCAAAAGUUCUGAGUUGAGGUCCGGUUAUGGGGUCGACUCGUUCCUCCAUCGCUCCCAGGUUGAUAAACCGAGUACAGCUUCGUGGCAACUCUACAUUAUGCACGUCACGUUGCAUCAUUGAUACACCGAUAAUCAUUGAUAAACGUUGUAUCAUUGAUAAACAGAUUAAAGCUUCAUGGAAACUCUACAUUACGCACGUCACAUAUUAUUGAGUCCUUGAUGAACCGAGUACAGCUUCGUGGCAACUCGACAUUACGUACCUAACGUUGUAUCAUUGCAUUGAUCCAUAUCCAUCCUUACUCUCGUGACGCACGGAUUGAGUCACGUGUGAGAUUCAAUUACUUAGUGCAUGCAACCGAUACACAAAUGAUCGGGUGAAUGUUAAUUUUGGGGGAAAGGAGGAGCAAAUUAAGCUUAAAACGGGACAAUGAAUGAGAGACACCAUGAAGGAAAAGACAUGAUUAUAGAUAUUUUUGAAUUGCGACCUCGAAUGAAUCGAAUUUCUUGGGGGAGGAGGUGAAUUGUUACGUGUGGAGUCAAUUGUGGCCUUCACAGAUUGGAAGAAUGUAGGCAAAUUCCUAACGUUUAAACCGAGCAUCAUCAUAUGGCACGUAAAUGUACAGCUCUAUUGUUGAUCCACUGCUGACGAGUAAGAACAUUUGAUAUUGCACACUCUUACGAGUCCAGUCCGUCACGAAUGUGCAUUGAUCCCACGUUGAAAGUAGGCUCUCUGAAAACACAGUUUUGGGUCUGUUGCGGAACUGGCUCAGACUCGGCGAUGGAUCCCGAACAUGAGCUGCUAGCGUGCUCAGGGUCUUUGGGCCGGAGACCCCGAAACUGCGCUGGCCGUAUCGCACGCGAGGUUUACACGUGGCUGCAGCAGCAGGUCACCGCGAGCUGCGGAUCGUGGUCGGAGUCGAUUUGGGUCUGUUGAAGCUGGACGAGGGAAUUCCCUACGCCAUGCAAGUCAUGGGGGCAAUUUGACCAUACUUCACCGUGCUGGUAAGUGCCAAUCGGUGAAUGUGGGGCGCAUAGUACAGUAAAUCAAUGGAUGUGCUCUGUUGCCCACCACAUAGCCCCCAUCGUGCGAAGGUGUGAAAGAAUUGUGUCAUCUGUUAAGCGUUCCCUGUCGCAAAUAUGGAUUAAUAACGCCGUUGAAAUACGCAGAAAUGUUGUGACUCAGCGUUCUAAUUUAAAUAUUUAUGUCAAUAAAGCAGCACUUAAAAAUAAAA